CAGCUCUGCAACAUAUCUGCGCCGUCUACUGCCUCCAAUUGCUCGCCAUGCCUGAAACAAAGGACAAAUCCAAGGUUCAUAAGCUAUCGAUCCGAGGAUCGGCAAAGCUGGUAUCCGAAUUUUUUGAAUACUCGAUCAAUUCAAUCUUGUUCCAGCGCGGUGUCUACCCUCCCGAGGACUUUACAACUGUCAAGAAAUAUGGCCUCAACAUGCUCGUAUCCGCGGAUGACCAGGUCAAGGCAUAUAUUAAGAAGAUCAUGUCACAGCUGAAUAAAUGGAUGGCCGGUGGAAAAAUCUCGAAGCUCGUGGUCGUCAUUACCGACAAGGAGACUGGGGAACAUGUGGAGCGCUGGCAGUUUGACGUGGAGAUCUUUGGCAAAAGCUCCAAGAGCCAGAGUUCCCGCAAGGCCGGUGAUAAAGAGAAUGCUGCUCCUGGAGACGGCGACAGCCCAGCCCCCGAGCCCGUUGAAAAGACGGAGAAGGAAAUUCAAGAAGAGAUUCAAGCCAUUUUCCGCCAAAUUACUGCCUCUGUCACCUUCCUCCCCGUUCUUGAUGGCGAUUGCACUUUCAACGUCCUGGUCUACGCGGACGCUGACUCGGAUGUCCCCGUGGAAUGGGGUGACAGUGAUGCCAAGGAGAUCAAGAACGCCGAGAAAGUCCAGCUGCGCAGCUUCAGCACCAAUAACCACCGUGUUGGCACGCUUGUCAGCUACCGACUGGCGGAUUAGAUGGCAGGUGCUGGGUGGCGUUUCAUGACCCGAUACGAGGGAUACAGCUUGCAUAGGCGUUUUGGGGGGUCAGGAUUGGUUAUUUCAUAUUUCAACAUGUACAGGUGUCACCUAAUGAAUGCUGCAUUACUUUAUAUGUCACAUUGGGGAUCGCUUUCAUGGCGGAUGCCCAUAGUACCAGGGUAGUUUUUCUAUGUUCGGAAACCAUUCGUUUCCCUCUCCCCCAUCCCAUGAGACCAAUUGCUCCACAACGGGUUCGAACAUCCCGUUGAGACAGAGUUCGCGGGCCAUGCCCGGUAUCCAUCCACGGACGAUGCGUUUGCCGGCCAGGUUCUGGCUGACGCCAUACAAAUCGUGUCUCCAUACUCCGAUUCCCCGGAAGGAUUCGCCCUGGAUCAAAGAUUCUUUGGGAGUAACCUCCUCAGGGGGAUCAAUCCCAAUAACGGAUACUCUUGGGAUGUACACGACUUGCUCAGUGGUAGAGCGAGGCAGUAAACCCAUGGCCGGGAAGUGGCAUUCCAUAAAUCGGGCACGUUUGAACUCGUGGGUCACGACGGUGACUCGUUUGGGGUAGACGCCCGCAUGAGAUCUAAACCGCAGUAACGAGAAUAACACGUUUUGAUAAGAGUCGGUUGCAUGACUCUCCGCAAGGACUCUAGACGGGUCGAUUGUAGAGAGACCCGGCUCGUGCUGGAAAUAGUUGUUGUCACGAACUAGGUUCUGGGAUCUCUUGUUAGCUCGUUAUUAACGUGCGGGAUUGAGUCGGUUUUACCAGGUA